AUGACUCUAUCACCCAUAUCGACGUCUGAUCCUCAGGUAUCAUCCGAACCUCGUCGAACUACCAAAGAAACCCAUCCUCACUUACCUCCAGGACUGAUCUUAGAUGAGAACGGAAAAGUGUGUAAAGUCUGUAACACAUGGCAGGAUUUCGCAAAGAUCAACAAGAACAAGCAGACGCAAUCGUCAGAUGGAACUUCGAGUCAGAGUCAGAGUAAAACAGCGUUGAAAGGAAUGGGUAUGGCAGGAUUCGCAAAUCUCCUCAACAACUCUCAGGCAUCUUCUUCUGCUUCCUCAAGUGACCCUACUUCUGCUCGUGUAGAAGUGGACAGGAGCAAUUGUCCACCAGAUACAGCAUCAUUAGGUCGAUCCACAUGGACCUUCCUUCAUACCACAGCUUCAUAUUACCCUUCCAACCCUACCGAAACACACCGAUCUAAAAUAACCAAUCUUCUAGAAUCAUUAUCGAUCUUCUACCCUUGUUCAUGGUGUGCUAAAGAUUUCCAAAAAGAUAUUCGCCAGAACCCACCAGAAGUGAAGAAUAGAGAAGAUUUCAUGAGGUGGUUAUGUGAGAGACAUAACACGGUGAAUAAGAAAUUGGGUAAACCACUGUUUGACUGUAGUAUCAAGAAUUUAGAUAAGAGGUGGAAAGAUGGUCCGGAAGAUGGGAGUUGCGAUUAG